GACGAACAGGUAACACAUAACGUUUGCAGUUGUAGCUUUCUUUUUGAUUCUCACCAGUACCCCAGACUGGGUGUUCUGGAUUUUAGCACCGUUUCCGUAUGUUCUGGCGUCGUUCGCGGUUCAGAGGUCGAUAACCAGCGCGAACGUUUUAUCCUUGAGUAAUCCGGUUAGCGUCUGAUGACUGAUUUUGUUGGUACCGAACAGCCGCCUUGCCUCCUCGUACAGUCUUGUUUUUGGAAUACCCUGACUGUAGACUGCAUUGGGAACACCUUCUAUGGUUACCCUAACAUUUUCGAUAUUGGGAUAGAUGUAUUCCUCGCUGUCUGUCUUUGUCUUGUUCGUGAAUAGCAUGACGAUGGCUUUCAUACUUCUGCGUGGUACGUUGAUCGUUUCGUUGAUAAUGGUGGAAUCUUUGUCCCAUUCCGUAUCCUUCAUUAGGAUAGCGUAUUCGAAGGACAAUUCGCGUUCGGAUCCAUACAGACCCUCGGCUUUCCUUGCAAGAUCGAUGUUAUUGAUGAACUCGUAUUCCAGUUCGAUGUUCUCCAGGGUGAUCCCCCCACAUUUUCUCCGCCUUGAGCGUUCAUUAUUUCAGCCGCUGUGGGUAGGGUGAUCACAUAUUGCAGGUCGUUUGCCAUGUUGUGUGGGGCAUAAAGUCCGUGAUCUUUUAGGAUCUUGUUGAUCCUGAUCUUCUGUUUUGUUCCGAAUACACCGAACAGUGCGGUUGCCUCUGCACCGUCGUUUGCGGCGUCGUCUUUGGAUAUCUUCUUUCUCGUGGCUUUGCUGGCAAUACCAUCCUCUACCAUAUCGUCGCGCUGCUUGGUGUGUAGCCACAGGUUCUUGUAGACUUCCAGUAAGCUUUCCCCGCUGUUGUCGUAAACCUAUUUUCUCCUGCGAGUCGGAUUUCCAGCCCUUUCUGGAGCAGCUUUCCUAGGUUAUUUCUGAACCAGGAUUUUGUGUUGCUGUUCUUAAAGUCGAAGACCAAGGCCAUACUAUCUGGUACGAGAACGGAGUCGGCCUUGGGAUUGAAGGUUAGAACAUGUCUGGUUCUUUCCCUGGUGAUUUCCGUCCUGUUCAUACGUCGGAAGCUGGGCAUAAGUUCAGUUGUCCGGUCCAUUAUGUUUUUAUUAUAGUAUAACUUUAUUUCUUUCGUUUGCUUUGUAGGUACUUGUAUAUAGCUCCGGCAAUUAGGGCUGCAACAAUCCAUAGAUUUUGGGCAAGGAAGGCGAGGCCUUUAGCUCCCCAGCUUAGGAUAGUACUUAGUAAAUUUAGGACAGGUACUAGGAUUGGUAGUGCGGAUUUUGCAAGUCCAGCCAGUGCUUUUCCUACAGCUCCUAAUCCUUUAGAGGUUCCUACGAUGGUUUUCGUUCCGGCUACCACGACUGUAGUUAUGAUUCCGGCUAUGGAAAUGGCAAUGGCAGCUAUUGCGCCUAGGUUUUCCUUUGCCCAUUUGCGGAAUCUUUCGAAUUUUGUCCUGAUAUUUUCUCUUACUAUUUCCCUAUACCUGUGUUUUCCCUCCUCCGUUUCGGGUUGCUGGCCCAUCUCUAGCCUAGCGUCGUCGAUACCGCGUUCGGCAACAUCCCUACCCUCCAGCAUGAUCUGUCGUCUUUCAGGAUCUGCUGUGAGUUCUAUAUUGGUUUCAAAUACUUUCUUCGGUUCUCUUAGGGCUUUAAUUCUGACUUCGGGGGGUCCCUUGGGAGAGAUUACUCCCGCAAAUUCCCUCCUCUCCUGUGUGGUUAUUUUCCCCCUUUCCUCUUACUCCCUUGCGUGUUCCACGAGGUUGUCGCCAGUGUUGGUGGCUUCUUGGCUGAAUUCCUCCUCGGCAUCCUCAAAAAUUUCUUCUACACCUGACCUUGAUGUUUCUCCGCCGGUUUCCUCUUCGACUACACUUUUAGCUCUUUUCUUGUGUUCGGCAAGUGCUUUUGCGUAUAGCCUUAGAAAUACACUUGCAGAUCUGGCGGAUUUUUUAUCCUUAGAUAGAUUGUAUACACCACGCGUAUCGAUGUAUGCGACAUCAUUUCCGUUGAAUGUUAGCUUAUUUUUAGUGAGGUCCAAACGGGAGACAAGUUCCUUAGAGUUUUGUCCGUCGGCAGGGUCUAUUCGGUACUCAGUUUGAAAGAGCCUCCUAACAUAUUCUACCUUUAUGUCGUCGAAUUUUCCAUAUGUGCUUAGUUCAUUUAACUGCCUUUUCCUUUUUGCGUACUUAUCAUCCCUGUUUUCCUCACCGUAACUGGAGGUUUUUGCAUCGUCUAGUCCAUCUAGUCCUGAAAGAAAGUCAUCCUCGUCAAUAGGUGUAUCAUCAAUAACUGUCUCGCCCUCACCCCCCUUCGGCUCCUUCCGGUCGGUUAAGGUUGUCCGACUCUAUGUUAUCCUCCAUUUUUAUUUAAGUCUAAAGAUAAUUCCUGUUCAUAAUACCUCCCCAAAAUAUCCUCCCGAUCCUCUGGAUCCUUAAGGCUGUACAUAUUGGGAUCUUCCCGGAACACCACUGUAACGACAUAUACUUCGUUGUCAAAGUUGGGUUCGUAUCUCUUUUCGAAGGUCUUGUGCUUUAUUUCCACCCUAACGUGAUCCCCGACUUUAAAUUUAGGAUCCGGAAAACUGCUUAGUGGAUAUCCGUAGAUUCUCGUCCAAACUUUAUCCUUAUUUUCCUCGUUCACAUUAGCCGGUUUCAUUCCUAUUGUUCUGUGUGUGGAAUUAUUAUAGGAUCUAAUGAGAGCAGGUAAGAUGUCUACCCAAACGUUUGUCCUGUUUUCCGUGAAAUAUUUCCACAUCCUUGUUUUCAGAGUCCUAUUGAAUCUUUCGACGAGUACGGCUUUCCGGAAGGUUCUUGUGGAAAAGUAGUGAACAUCGUGAUCCUUUAGUAACGUCUUUACUCCUACAUUGUAAAAUUCCUUUCCAUCAUCAAACUGUGCCGUUUUAGGAUAUCUACCGAAUCUUUCCUUAAAUUGUAUGAGAAUAUUUUCGACAGCCUUCGUCAUGCUUUCGGUAUUUUUCCUCCAUACGGGGAUGGCAAAGGCAUACCGGCUUAAGAACUCUAUGACAGUUAGGAUCCAACGGUUUCCCUUAUUUCGGUGACUAAAUUUACUCAUAUCCACAAGGUCCAUUUGAAUUUUGCUGUGCAAGUCCAUUCACAUACGUCCUCUGGGUCUUGUAAUGUUUUCUGGACGGUUUGUGAAUAAUAUAGGCAUUUUGUGUCUGUAACCAUUCCUAACUCCCUCUAUGCCCUCCUCCUUUUCACUUUGGUAUAAUUUUUCCAUCGACAUGUACCCACCAUUAAUGUUAAAAUAUAUUUCCCGGAGAUCUACAUCCAAUGCCAGACUCAUUUUAUUACCUGUAAAUAAAACAUGAAGAAGAUAACAGUCUAUGUUGAAGACGGAGGGAUUACCCUCGAUUUACGGGAACCACUGAUCAUUACCCACGGAUCCGAACUUUACGUAAAGACUGCGGCUGUGUUUUGGAAUUAUAAGAAUAUUCGUAAGGGGUUUAAUGACUACAUUUCCGUGGAUGGAAAGAAGAUUAUGAUAGACGAAGGGUACUGGACCUUUAAACAGCUGCGGAAAGAGUUGGAGGAAAACGGAUUAACACUUAAGGAAUAUCCCGAUGGAAGAAUAAGGAUCGACUUUGCUAAGGGGACAAAUUCCGCAGGACUCCGGAAUCUCACUGGUAUUCUGGGCUACCGGUCCUCCAAUGGUCCUACAUACACCCCACACACUAGCGAUCGUCCCGUAGACAUCCAUGAAGGCUUGCGGUACCUCACAGUCAACUGUAACCUUGUGAACUGCGAUCAUAACAUCGGACCGUACGGAAAUAGAAGCACCGUCAUCACUUCACUUCCGAUCGAUGGGACAAGACCUCUCUUUGGGACCACAACCAAAUACAACGACAUCGAAAGUCAAGUACGGGUGGAUACUGGAAGGUACAGCGGAAUCCGAUUCGGGAUCGGAUCUAAUACUGGAGCUGUUCCCGGAGAUGACUUGUUAGAACUUUACAUCAAAUAAAGGAAUGAAUGAGGAUAUCUUUCGGAACUAUUACGGAGAAAACUAUGAAUAGGUUAAAGCAGCAGCACCCGUUGAAAUCUGAAAAAUGAAGUCGGACUUCACGAGAAGGUAUCCCAAUGCAGCCCUAUCUAAGUUUGACUUUAAUGUUACUUUUUUCAAGGACGGGACAGUAGAUUCCGGAGAGAUCUACUAUAAGGUGGAUGAUCUUACAAGCUAUGAUAUCACGUCCGACACAUUCCGUACAAAUCUGGAGUGGACCAAAUACCUUCACUGGGUGGAGGGAUGGCGAAGUGUUCUUCCGGAUGCGAUCUUCCGUCCGAAUAAGAAGUUUAAGAUGGAUAUACAUACCUUUAAGGUCUAUGUUAUUGAGAUGGAAAGUUUCCCAACAAAAUUGGAGCCUAUUAAACCGACAUACGAUAAACCCUCCGGAACCUUUAUCAGUACCAUACCAUUUGAUUACCACUCAAAUUCCUACUUCUGCUCUUUAGCGGCAUGUUACGUUGCUAUGGAUUUCCGAGGAUCACAUCACAAACAGUUUUCCCAAUUCACACUCCAACAUAGUGCACUACCUCCAUCAUUCGCUUUCAUUUUCACUUCCACUUGUCUAGGUUCAUGCGUAACCCCAAACUAUUGAACCAAUAUCUUACAAGUGAUGAUAUACGAACUAUUCGGAAAUAUAUGCCAGUACGUGAAACAUGGGUUAGAAGAACCGUCUCCUCCCAUGCAAGUAUUGGUACAUGGUUCUACGGUUUACCCGUAAGUGAACGGGGAAAAAUACGACGGCAGAAAUAUCAUCAGACCAAAUACGGAGGUACAUUCAUAGAAUAUGAAUAUCUGACCGGUAGGUCACCCUUUGAUGUUGGAAACGAUUAUAAAACAUUUAUUCCCAAAACAUCUCGAGGACUUACAAAAGUUGGACAAAAGCUAUUCCAACAAUCGAUCGAAGCAAUUGGUGUACUCCGUUCUUGGAGCACAAGCUAAGAUCCGAUGGAGUAUCAUAGGUCAGGGUGCAAAAAGUCUACAGACGCAGGAAGUCUUCCGGAAAGUUGUUAGGAAUACAAUAGUACAGGACGAUGUGACAGUUACCAUCUCCGACAUGAGGACAGCUAUUGCUAAUACCCACGUUGUCCUAAAUUUCGCUAUCAUGCCGGGUUUAAUACUAAUUCCUUCAGAUCUGAGGAUUCUGACAAAACCCGUUCCGGGAUUUUGUAAUGUUCUUACAAUAGCUAAGAAUGGGAUGAUGUUCGGAAAGAAUGAGAAGGUGAAUUAUACAAGUAAUCCGGCUCCUACCCCUACGGACAGUACAGACGAAGGUCAUGAAACCGCACUAAUCCCGACCGUGGAGGAUUUUAAACCCCCGGAAUUGAGGCAAAAGUCUGAUAUCCAAAAUGUUGUUCUUGGGACAGCAGCAGUAGCAUCCUUUGGACUUGCAUAUCUGGUAUUUAGGCGUUAAAUAAAAUGAGCAUCUUAUUCGGAUACGAUUACUUCGAUACAGCAGCAGAAGACCUAGAUAUCCUAAAACAGAAAUUAGCAGCAGUUGAAAAGGGAAGACAAACACGAGAACGACAUUGUAAAAUUGAAUGGUCUUAGGAAAAAUUCGGUACAGUACGAUUUUACCCAGAUACCCGGAUAUCCACCUGGUAACCUACAGACCCCCAACAUAUCCGGCAGUGAUAGGCAGAAUGCAAAGUUUAUAAGGUUCAGUACCAGUGAUGGACAAAAUCGUGCAACCCAUUCACCCUUAUACGAAUUUUAUACUGGAAGUGUGGGAACCGUCGUCAUAUGGACACGCGAUCAAAGCAGUAGGAUCAUCCAAGUUUCAUUUCUAUUAGCGGUUACCGGCACUACGGUACAAAUUUUCUUUAUGGAAUCCAAGGACGUAGACUCUUCCGGAAAUGUAACCAAUAGAACAAGGACUACAACCAUAAAUUUCUCCCUCCUAACAACAUAAAGUUUUAAAUCCCUCGAGAGGAGGAUUUAAAAUAUUCGUGUUAAUCCAUAAGCACCACCAACUCCAAGAAUACCCAAUGUCAGCACUGCGUAUCUUUUCAUCUCAUCCGACGGUUGAUAGUAAUCUUCCAAUUUCGGUCUGCGUUGGGAUGCUGUACUAUCCAUAAGCCUCGUAUAAUCCCUCAAGUCUUCCAGUGCCCUGUUUGUUUCCUCGAUAUCCUUGUUAGCAUCCAGGAUCUCAGCCCUCCGUCUUGCCUCGUCGUUCCUACGCUUCACCUCAAAUUCGUAAAACUUCUCCCUGGCUUUUUGAAGCUUCUCUGAGGCUUGGUUAUGUCUUUUCACCUCUUCUUUGUAUCCUUGUCCAUUCAACUUGGAAAACAGAAAACCUGCUCCAGCAAAGGCCACGGCAUUAAAGAGACCUCCAACCACAACAGAUGUCAUUCUUUAUUUGUCAAUCAUUUUUGGGAUAUAUCCUUAAUCCUUAAGAUAUCCUAUGGUGAAUGCGCUUCCGGCUACGACAACGACAAGCUUUGCUGCUCCUUCUAGGGUCUUUGUUGCACCGAGGCUUUUUCUGGCAACCGUUUUGGCAAGGUAGGAUACUCCAACGACUCCGGUUGUCAAUAGUGCCGCAUCGUAGAGUUCGUUGAUCACUUCCUUCUUCGUGUCGGUCAUUAUGUUUCUUAUUAUAGUAGAACUAUUUCCCCUUUAGCUUCUCUUCCAGGAUUAGGGAGAAUCUUCUUUCCAGGGUGUCGAGCAUCCUGUCUUCACUUUCGUUGCGUUCGGCUUCCACUGCCUUGCGUUUGUCUUCUUUCACCUUAAGUGUGUGGAUGUAAAUAAGACAAGUUCCGGCUGCUACGGAAAAGGUCAGUAUGUCCAAGAAUAGUUGUGACAUUGUUUUAUUAUACUCGGUCAAACAAGUCAGGACCUUUCGGUAACAACAGGUUCCGUCUCCUCUACAACCUUAUUUUCCUCGGGUUUCUCGUCCUUUUCCUUACUGCUGUGCCACAUGAAGUAAAGGGAUCCGAGGCUUACGGCAAUACCCACUACUAAGCCGACUCUUUCUAGGGUAACUAUUGACCCAUCACCUCUGUCCUCUGUGUCCGUAAUGCUUUGCUCCUCUUCUUUGAUAGCUUCGAGUUGUGCCUUCUUCCUGGCUUUUGCUUCCUUGCUGAUAUUACAAGUCUACGUCCUGCCUCCACCCUUCUUGGAUCCUGUUAGAAAGUCCAGAAGACGAGUACAGCUUGAGGAAAUUACGGAAAUUGUAGACGAUUGGCACCAGGGAAACACAGCCCUAUCGGAUUUCCAGGAAUGGUUGGCGCAAAAGGAUGCAUGUGAAAACUACACAGAAGGGAAAAAUAAAGCACAGAAAGAUUACGAACUGUUCCACGAGGGACACUAUCACUAUCCGCCCGGAAACACACCUAUAAGGACCGGUAUGGACAACGUCCUGCUUGCCAAGGAAGGUUGAGGUCCACAGGUAGUGACCUGGCGGGGUUGGAAAACCAAAAGGUGCAGGUGCGGACACUAUGUCUUACAAACAGUCUAUAAGCAAGACUUCCUACAUAUAAACAAACUAACCAUGAGACAAUUCAAUCCAGAGGAUAAUAAAGUUCAACUCUAUUUCAACUGUCCAGAGGAGAUAAAUCAAAUUGCGAGAAUGUGUAAGUAUAACGACUACAAGGAAAUAACGGUCAUUAUCCAUACAUUUGGUGAAUCAGGUCUGCCAGCAAAACAUAGAAUUAAAUUUGGAAAAGGAUGGAUGGGAAAUGGCGCCGAAAUUCGAGGUAUGAGUUACCUUUACGGAGGUCUGAAAGGCAUUCACAUCCUAAUUACCAUUUCCGAAUCUGUCGAUGUUAUUAAUUGUUGGCUUAAGAGUCCGGAGGAUCGCAUCCAUCUAGGUCCACCCACGGAUAUUAUAAAUAACUGGUUCAGUAUGUGUAUGUCUUGGGAGGAAUGGUCAGAGGAAAGGGAAGAACAAUGAAUAAUGGAUAUGGAAAACGAAGCGAUUAUAGAAGAGGCACUGAUAGGAGAGAUGGAAAUGUUAGAGGAAAUGCAGAUGGAUGCUGAAAUGGAAGAAGCCCUUCAGGGUCAAGUUGAUUAAGGUUACCAGGUAGUGACCUGGUAGGGUUGUCGAAUUAUAGGGCGGAGAUGAGGACCAUUUGUCCCACAAAACAGAAUCAACUUUUCCAAAAUAAAUCCUAUAUAAUAAAAGGACACCUUCCUAUACGUCCGAUUCCGUGGACAUUUUGUGAACUCCAUUGCUUUUUCAAACCUUAUAAGUCUGAAAAACAGAAUCAACCUUAAAACCACCUUAUAGAUAAGUUUUGCUAUAUAAUAAGAGCAAUGGAGUUUACCAGACAAAAUGCUCCAAUUUCGGACAAAAAAUUCGAAUCUAUUGAACGAAUGAGAACUAACGUUCAGGAUAAGGCCCGAGAAAGAGGUCUAAAAAUAGAAGGGAAAAUUAACAACCAUUUCGACAAACUACUCGAGAAGGAGAAGAGAAAGGUAAUCGGAAAGGAGAUCAAAUCAGCAGCAAGACAAUUCCAAAGACGAAGGAGGCAAACCGAGGCUAACGCAAAAAAAGGAAAUAAGGGAUGCAAAGAAAUGGAAAAGCGAUAUUGCUAAAGAAGAGAAAAGACGGCGAAAGGAGGUCACGGACUGGAAAGCCGAGGCUCAAAAGUGGAAAAAGGAGACCCAGCGACUAUGACGAAAUGCAAAGGCCCGCGAAAGGUGAGCUGAGGAAAACCGUAGGAUCGCAGAGGGUAAGUGGAGGGGUAAAAAGAAAUUUGGUAGACUCCAGUUAAAGGUGGGUGACAAGCUCAGUAAAAUUUGGAAAAAACCAAGGGAAAUCCUGAAACCCAUUCUAGCCAAACACGCCAUCAAGAAAAAGUAAAGAAGUACGUCAUCACCACAAACGGUAACUACGACCCAUCCUACUUCCUAACCAUCACGGAAGAUGAGGUUAAAACACUCAUAAACUCCGAAACGGAACCCAGGAACGUAAGGAUGUCCUUAGCCUGUGAAAUGGUAAGGAGCGACCCGAAAACCGAGGAGGAAGUGUCAACCAUCGCUCACUUCGGAUCGAAGAACCAUACACUUAUCGGUACGGACGAUACGGAAGAAACCCGGGGUAUCACGAGGGAAAAGAUGCUAAAGUCCUUUUCGGAAUAUCAGAGAAGGGGCAGCGGAUGGAGACUACGGAGAGUCACCCAAUUGGAAAUCCACAUUUGAGAGUUCCGACCACUUAGGGGUAAGAAACGCGAACCACUACCCAAAUCCAUAGCCAGCAAAAAAGCAAUCAUCAACAUGAAGAACGACGACAACGAAUGUUUCAAGUGGGCUGUCACACGUGCUCUAAACCCAACCGACAUCCAUCCGGAAAGAAUUACAAAGGAACUCAAAAGACAAUCCGAAGAGUUGAACUGGGAAGGGGUUGAAUUCCCAACACCUCUAAACAACAUUAAAAUGUUCGAAAAGAACAACAACGUCUGCGUCAACGUGUUCAGUGUCGACGAAAUCUUCAAGGUCUACCCCUUACGAGUAUCAGGAAAAACCGAUCUCAUAAGACUCUUCCUAUGGAAAAACCGCUACAGCGUCGUUAAGGACAUGUCAAAACACGUAGUCUCACAAAUCAGCAAGAACAAACACAAAAAAUACAUAUGCGAUCGAUGCCUUAACGCAUUCGGGUCAAACGAACUCCUAGAAAAACACUUGGAAUUAUGCUCGAACAACGACUACCAAAGACACGAAUAUCCAAAACCAGGUAGCACCACAAAAUUCGAAAACUAUGAAAAGACACAGGAAUUCCCAAUUAUCAUCUACGCAGACUUUGAGUGUUACAUCAGGAAAUUGAUCGCAGAAGAGCAAAGUCCAGACAAGUCAAGUACCACACAAUACCAGAAACACAACCCCAGCGGAUUCUGCUACUACAUUAAGUGCUUCGACGACUCCAUCUACAAACCCAAGCUGGUACACUAUACCCAACAGUAUGAGGGGGAAGACAUCACCAAAAAAUUUGUAGACCUUCUCGAGGAGGAAACCCGAGAUAUCUACAACAAGUUCAAGUUCAAAGAACCCGUCAGAAUGACUCCCAGAGAUACCAAAAAUUACAACCUGUCCACACAAUGCUAUGCAUGUAAAGGGGAAUUUACAAAAAGUGACUACAAAGUCAACGACCAUUGUCACUGCACAGGAAAGUACAGGGGUGCAGCACACAACUCAUGCAACCUCAGGAUGAGGCAGCCGAAAUUCGUUCCCGUUCUAUUCCAUAACCUCGAAGGGUAUGAUGCCCACCUAUUCAUCAAAAACCUUGGGGUAAACAUCCCUAAGACGGAAGAAAAAUACAUAUCCUUUACCAAAGAGGUAGUGGUCGAUAAGUUCAAGGGUAAGGAUGGUAAGGAAAAGAAUAUCAAAAGGGAAUUAAGAUUUCUUGACUCUUUCAAAUUUAUGGCAAGCUCCCUGGACAAACUCACCAAGGGUCUAGGUAAGAUGACUUCGAAAAUCUGGACCUAAUGACAUCACACUACACCACAGAGCAACGGAAAAUCCUCAAGCAGAAGGGUGUAUACCCCUACGAGUAUAUGGACGGAUUCAACAGACUGGGAGAAACGUCCCUCCCGCCCAAAAGCAAAUUCUUCAGCAGUCUCACCGGCGAAAGCAUCAAUGACACCGACUAUAGGAGAGCACAGAACGUGUGGAACACCUUCGACAUGAAAACCAUGAGAGACUACCAUGACCUUUACCUUAAAACAGACGUCCUCCUACUAGCAGACAUAAUGGAAAACUUCAGAAAG